CUUCUCAUUUCCUCCUUUAAUCAUUGUGUGGCUUUCCUUCUCUUUCCUGCCGACACUACUCCAGAUUAAUCUAGAGGAGGAAAAAAUACAGAGCACCCAGAGGCUCACACACCUCGGUGGUCCAAUCUCUGCACCGUUCGCGCCGUUGAACUUGUAUCGACGAGAGCUUCCAGAUUCGUGGGCAGGCAAGCAAAUAAAACAAUCAUCUCUUUGUCCUCAGCACACGCCAAGAUUAUCAGCUAUGGUUAAGGUGGAAAUCAUCUCCAAGGAGUCCAUCAAACCUUCCUCUAAAACGCCCGAUCGCCUCAGAACCUUUCGGCUCUCUUUGUUAGAUCAGUGUUCUGCGCCUUUCAUGUAUUUCCCACUUCUUCUUUACUACUCGCAUGACAAAAGAACUAGCAACGUCAAGCAAGCUGAGAUUUCCCUUCUCUUGAAAAGAUCGCUUUCUGAUGCCUUAGCUCUCUACUACCCAUUUGCUGGAAGGAUGAAAGGCGAAAGCUCAGUCGACUGCGAUGAUCAAGGCGUUGAUUGCCUAGAAGCUCGGGUUGACAUCCGCUUGUCAGAAGUUAUCGAAUCACCAGAAGUUCAAGUAAUAAAUCAAUUUGUUCCGAGCACAAGUGAAGAGAGUGAUGGUGUGCUACUAGGGAUACAAUUGAACUUCUUCACCUGCGGGGGUAUGGCUAUCGGUAUAUCCAUCAACCACAAAAUUGCUGACGUAUGCACCUUGAGCAUGUUUGUCAAGGCAUGGGCGGCCGCGGCUCGUGGCGACACCAAUUUGGUGGCCCCGAGUUUUGUCGCGUCUUCUCUCUUCCCGCCCAAAGAACAGUCCGGGCAAGAGAUGAUUCUUGGGAGCGUGGAACACUGGGCCGACGCUUCUCUCUUCCCGCCCAAAGAACAGUCCGGGCAAGAGAUGAUUCUUGGGAGCGUGGAACAAUGGGCCGACGCUCGAAGGUUCUGCUUCAGCAGCUCAAAAAUAGCUGCUCUGAGGGCUGAAGUAGGAGACAACACCGCAUUUCAACCAACACGGGUCAAGUUGGUAACGGCAGCGAUUUGGAAGUGGGCCAUGACUCGAGAAGGGCGUGAUCGAAGCCGCUUGUCGGUGGCAGGCCAUGGGGUGAAUAUAAGGGGGAGGAUGGACCCGCCUUUAUCGGAAAGUACGUUUGGGAACGUGGUCAUGAGAUCACCGAACGUAUCGGGAAACAGUGAGAUGGGUUUGGGUGAGCUGGUGAGUAAGACGAGUGAAGCAAUUGGGAGAAUCGACAGUGAGUAUUUGAAAGAGUUGCAGGGGGAAAAUGGAUAUGAUAUGGUUACUAGGGGUGUAAAGGAGGGAGUGGAGUUGGUCUUGGAUGAGGAAGUGGAUUACUUCAGAUUUACUAGUUGGUGUAGGUUUCCGUUUUCUGAGUCGGAUUUCGGUUGGGGUAAGCCUGUUUGGGUGAGUACUGCAGGAUGCCCGGAGGUUUCGAACACUGCUGUGCUGCUGGAUUCCAUGAGUGAUGUUGGCGGAAUAGAAGCAUGGAUCACGAUGGAUGGAAUCGAUACGUGUGAUGAAAUUUAAGGAGGUGGCCCGAGCCUCCUGGCUUUUGUUUCAGCGACUUAAAAAAGAUACAUGUUUCAUUUCUUAUGCAUUUAGGUUAGGUUUCUUUGUGGAGAAUAAUUAUAUACACUGCCGCUAUCAAAACAGUGGUCCCAAUUAAUAGAAUAUUGCGAUGUGGCGCAACGUAAUUGAUUUGAAAUAAAUAAAUGUUUACACCGGCGGUGUAAAUAAUUUAAUCU